UCAAGCUAUUCUUGUGCCUCAGCCUCCCCAGUAGCAUUGCAGGCAUUAACCACCAUGCCCCGCUAAUUUUUGUGAAGAGCACCUUUAAUUUUAGUCGCUAUAUUAGAGACAAAGUAAGCCAUGUUUAUUUACAACAGAAGAGAAUUGGAUUGGAAUUAAUUGGAGAACCAUGAGAAGAGGAAUCUGUAUGGUUUUCAUGUGAUUAAUACACACAGGACUGGAUCAGCCAUUUAUUCAAUUCAGCCAAAGCCUAAAUUUUUUUUUUAACAUAAUGGCAUUUUCCAUCAUAAUAGUAGAUGAAAUUUUGCAGAGAUGGGAUCUCAAGAAACAAUUUCUUUACUUGUAGUCCCUCCCACUGUUUCCCAUGGAUUAGGUUAUUGGCUACCCUCUCCAGGAAAGGAAAUGCCACUUCCUUUGAAGAUGCUGUUAUCCUCUCCUGUUUCUGCUCAUUAUGCAGCCUUCUUUGUUUUUACAAAUGGAAGAGCCAACUGCGCUAAUGACUGGACUGUCGUUCACACUGCACCUUAACAAUGUUCAGUCUAUCUGGAAAUCAGAGGAUCCCAAUUAUAGGUGAUUCUCAGGUCUAUUUCACCAGACUCUAGAAGGGGGCAGGGUGGUGAAAAUGAAGAGAUGAGGAAACUACUGUUGUUGCUAAGAGCUCUUCACUUUUAGUCCUGGGCUGUGUUGGUUGUAUUCUAAAGCAGUUUAUCUUCUUACAACAUCUUAUUUGGAAAAAAAAAAAACAACACAUAACCCACCAAAACUCAUUUCAUAUGUAGCUUUUUCCACUACCUUCAGAUCAAAGUUAUUUUCUUCAGGCUGGACUAAAUUAUACACAGGUCCCAGGAGUGAAGGACACUGAAUUAAUGCACUAUGUCACCCAGCCCUGACUGUAGAUUUUUUUUUUCAAAGUCCAAGACAUUAUUUUGCUAUUGCAUUAAAAAUUAAUACACGAAUUGCCAAAAAGAGAAAAAUGCAUAAAUAACCUAAACAAAUUUUGUCUGGGCUUUGCAUACUUUAGAGUUACCUAAAGCAAAGAGUUUUUAAGGAGAAUGGUUGAACAGUUUUAUCCUUAACAUGUGAAUAACAUUCUUACUCUUUUGUCUAAUUAUAUGAGAAAACACUCAAUCUUAAAUAAGCAGAGAUAUAUCUAUUUUGUCUUACGUAAACUGUCUUUUUAGAGUGUGGUUCCAGAGGAACAGAGAGAAGUAGAUGAAUGCAAAUUCCAUUUUAAGCAAGGUUAUGGGGUUUGGAAGAUUUCUUAGUUUGUUUAUUGACCUUUUUCAGCUUGGCGUAUUGGGCAAAACAUGAAUAGGGUUCAGUUUAAAUAUAACUACAUUGGGCUUUGCAUUUAGAUAGUUGAAAUAGAACACACACACACACACAAAUAUUUACACAGAGUUGUAUGUGCACAUAGUGGUUAGUAUACCAUUUUAGGAUUAUGAUUGAUGCAAUAUACCAGCCGUGUCAUAAUUCAAAGUUGGUAUCAUGCCAGAUGUUUCUUAAAUAAAAAUGCAAAUAUAUUUUAUAUGGCAAAACAGUAUUUUGAGAAUCAACUAGAAUAACCUCAGACUCUCAGGAUGAUGACAAUUAUCUCUGCAAAAUACUUUUAAAAAUAAAGAUUCAAAACACUCAGAAAAUGCAUAAUACUUUUGGCAUUUGGGACUCCAUUUAUGGAUCAAUCAUACAGGCCGGAUGCUAUGAAUAUAGCGUGGGGCUCUCAGGUUGUGUUAACCCCAUUUAUCCGUGCAUGCUACAGCUCACCUGUUAUUUACACACAUAAGAGGGUUGAUACUGCAGAACAAGGGUAGUGCUCUGUUGUGACACAGAACAUACAUAUUCAUUAGCCACUGGAGUCCCUAUGGACAUACGUGGUAUGUCCUGAUGAUCUGGGGGGAAGGGUAGAUGGCCUUAAUGGAUUGAAAAAUGUAUAUGGAAGAAGGAAAGAGAGGGCAUGAGAAAUGAAAGGCUGCAAAGUGACAACUUUAAAGGUUAACUACAAAGUGCUAUUUAAACGGAUUAUAAAUUGUCUAAAAUUCACAGAGGUAGCAUAAACAAAAUAACAUUUUUUAAAUAUGGGAAAAUCAGCUCUUUUACCUCGGACUCUUUCCCUUACAACAGUUAAUGACACCUCACACUUAGGAAGAUUUAGAGUGUGAAUUAUUUGUAUAUUUUAAAUUGCAUGCACAAGCAUCCUCAUGUAUCCUUUUGAAUAACUUACCAUAAAAUAUACACAGUUUGGGACACUUUUUUUUUUUACUUGGUUUUAGAUUCUUAUUCAAAAAUUUUACACGGAAACAUUUAAAAAACCUACCCCCACCCAGAAAGCAUAGAUCUAAGUUAUAAUUUUAAACUCUAUGGAUUUGUGUGUGAGUGUGAUAAUAUGUUCACCUGUAUACUUUAAGUAUAGGAAAUUUUAAGGGAAAAUGACUUGUUUGAAUUAUGAUCAUGAUUUCCUGGGUUGCUUUAAAUGAUACGGUUUCUGUCCUGAUCAUAUAGUGAAUCCAGGCUCAGUGGUCUAAAUACGAUAUUUCCUUCAUCAGUGAAAUUUGCUUUGCAUAAUGCUUAUGCAUUCAUUCUCAUAAAUGCAAGCCAUUUUCUUGCAAAUUAAAAAUAAUGACCGAUAGGACCCUUGCAUAUCAAGUUCUAUCCUCCAUAUGAAAUAUUGGCAAAAAUAGUCACCAUUACACUUGGUCAUAUUUGUUGGGUGAAUAUUUUCUUGCUAUGGAUACAAUUUAAUGUAUUGUAGAGAACCCAAUUCAGAUCAUAAGCUACCUACAAGUUUAGUUUAAACACAGAGUAUAUAUUAAUACCAUCCUAGUCCAAGUCAUGGUGCCUGUAACAUUAAACACAGGCUUUUAUUAAGCCCCAAAAUAAUGACAUUUAGACAACAAGAUCUGUUGCUUACCUGGAUACCAUCUACCCAACAACUUUCUGUAGGAAAUGAGAUGCAUAACUUUGGAGUAGCUUAAAUAACCUUAUAAAAGUUGUACUAAUGCUCAUGUAUUUGACUAAGAGAAGAUGCUUCCCUCACUGUUAAAUUAAGCUUUGGUUCGUGGUAUCAAACAUACAGCACAUGCAAAGGAGUACAUUAGGAAUGGUGAAAAUGGAUAGGAAAAUAGCAAAAAAUAAUAUCUGACAAAUUACGGCAAAGGGGGAACACUUAAACAGCAUCUGAGACCAGUUUUUUAAGAUACCAUUCAUUAUUCGUCAUUCCACACUGCUGUACUAGUGACACUGAAUCAAUAAGAAAAUUAUCAAUUAUUUCCCAUGUGUUGUGUUGUAAGAGGGCAGGGAAACUCUCUUAUCGUAAAAAAAAAAAAAAAAGUAUUUGGAAAAGGUUUUUAACUUUUAGAGCUGUAUACUUUCUAGAUUUCAAGAAAAGGUACGUAAGUGAAGAAACUGGAGCUUGAAGCUUUAAAGUGGAGUCCUAAAUUUAAAUGCCUGCGUGACCUGGUAGAUACCAUAAAAAUACCUGACAUUGUCAUGGGGGUAGGAGCACCAUGACAAAGUGGAAAGGGUAGGAUAUGCCCCAAGGAGGGAGCUGGUCCCCAGAAUCAGACAGCUGUUGCCAGGCAAGAAUGAAAUGUUGUAAGAUUUUGUCUGAAAAAUGGGAAAUACGGAAAUACAGGGAUUUUUUUGUUUUGUUUUGUUUUGUUUUUUGAGACAGAUCUUUUAAAACAAAAAGUAGAGUGAUUUUUAAAGCCCUGUGCUGGCCAAACAAAACACAGUUGCAGGGUAUAUGUUACCCUCAGGCUGUCAGGUUGCAAUUUCUCUGUAAGAGGGUGAGGUAUCUGAACUAUAUUUACUAAGAACUAUUUGGGCAGAAAUGCCUUCAUAAUUGUUUUUUUUUAAAGCAUUGUUUUAUGCAAAUAAGAUGGAAUGGGUUGAGAAGGGUGCUGCAAAAUGUAUUAUAAUUUGGAGUCUUGAGGUGUGAAAAUGUGAUUUAAAGAGAAAAAAUUAUUUGACAGUAUUGUUAUAUAAUUAGAAUAUCUUAUUUUGAAACUGCAGGUUUUAAAAUGAGUUUUAACAGUUUUAACUAGUUUUAAACCUCUAAGUACUUUAUUUCUUAGUUUUGAUCUCUAAAAUGUUGAGUCACAGGAAACAUCAAAAAUAAAUAAAAUACUAUGAAAACAUUUGGAAGCGUUGACACCUUUUUGAUUAAACAGAUUAUGCUCUGUGUUUUGCUCAGAACAAGAGCAUUUCUAUAUCUUUCUUGGAACCAACAGUCCCACUGGAAAAUUUCCUUUUCAGUUGCUGUCUUGAGGUUGAAGGAAAACUGACUUGUAAAUUCUGGGAGUGAUUUUACUUUUUUUCUGUCUAGCCAGUGUUGUUUUGUUUUGUCUUUAAUGCACCCUGGCUUUUUCAAAAUAAAAGAAUACUAAGAAAUGUUUGUGUAGCAGUUCACAAUUGGGAAGUAGUUUCACAAAAUAUUAUUCAGGUAAUCUUAAUAGCAAUACAGUAAGGUUAAAUAAUACCAUUAUUGUCCACAUAUUACAGCUGAGUAAGUGAGUGUGAUGUGCUUAAGUGACUUAACCAAGAUUAGAACAAAUAAGUGAUAAUGUAAGCAAUGCUGCCAGUGGCCUGAUUCUACAGGCUGGAAUUUUCACCUGUGAAACAAAAUUCUAGAACCUUCUUUAUGUUCCUUCAGUCCCUUUCUAUCCCAACAAUCUAUCAAUGGUUCCAAAUAAAAUACUAUAUUAUGCAGAAUAGUAUCGAGUCCUGUAAGACAUCAUUAUAAGUGAAACAUCAAUCUAAAAGUGAGGAUGUCUGGAAUGGUUAGGUCAUUUUAAAGUUCUGUUAAUCUCUAAAAUCAAAGAGUCUAAUUUUGGAGAAUUUAGACUGUGAACUUGUGAAAAAGGGAGCUGAAAAGGUUUCAUCACCUUAUAGACAAAUGGACCCUCCUUUUUAGCACUGAACCACAAUGCUUUGUACAUAGUUCAUCUUUUAUGAACUAAAGUUAAAAUUUGACAGCCCCUCUAUUACAUUCAGCUUAUAAAAAUCUUCUAGUUUUGGUCCACUAAAGAUGGAAGAAAAUUAGGUAAAAAUGAUACGUAAUUUCAGUGCUUCUUCCUCACUUUUUCCCCUUUCUAUUACUUGUAGAUUUUAUGCCAUAUUUUAAAGCCAAGAAUUAUCAGGGAAUAGCUUGAAGAAAUUUCCAGACCAAAUGAGUUAGUACUAGUAAUACUAGCUAAUGCUGUGUUGGCCUCCUGGCUUAUGAGGAUGGGCAGACAAGGCUGUGUGGGUCUCCUCAAACAUUUCAUUUGGUCGUCACUCCCCUUGAAGAAUGAUAAUGAGUAGAUAUUGCACUGGGCCAGUUUGCGGUGCCAGGAGGUGUACAGUCCUCAGAAGGUUCUUCACUUCAUAGACCUGUAUUUUUAGCCAAUGAAUUUUCUACUUUCUACUGGAAAUUUGGAAUGCUUUGUACAUUAGUUCUGCCAUUUCCAACCCAAGAGAUGAUAAAUCUGUUGCAUCACAAAGAAGAGGCUAUAAAGUAUUAUAAUUACUUUACAGUAUUUACCCCAGUAGUGAUUAUCUUUCAGAGAAACCCUUGUUAAUAUUAUAUUAAUUUUUUUAAUGCUAAAAAAUAAUGAAAGGUUCAGAGGUGCAAUAGCUCAAAGAAAUGUAAUAGGUGUAGUAAUGUCAUGCAGUCCUGUGUGAGUGCUAUGCAUCUGCUUUAGAGCAGGCAAACCUGCCAUGCCUGCAGGUGUUUGCCUCAGGUCCCUGCCCUUGGGAAGUCUGAGAAAACCUACAAAUGAAGGCAGAGCCCCUAGUAGCCAAAAUUACCCUAUGGGGCCAUUGUAAAAGGGAGUAACUAUUUUAGACCUGAUGAACUGUUGAAUAGUACCCGUAUAUAAGGAGUGGGGUGGGCAGUGAGUGCCUCACAUUGAUAUUUCUAUGAAUGUAUGCUAAAAACAGAUUCUAGAAGACCUAACCUUUUAUUUCCAAUAUUCCUCUCAUUUUGAAAUUUGCUUUUAUAUCCUUCAUUUUUCUCUAUUACUGUUUAAAAUUUUACAGCUGUGGCAGAACUUUAGAGGAUGCUAUAGUAGUUUUGUUUCAAAACUAGUUGAAGAGAAAAAUGGAAAAAGUAAAGUAACAAGGCAGUAACUGGUUAUUAAUUAAACCAAAGUUAUCAAAUGGUCAGUAAUGGUAAGAAUGGCAAAUGUUAUCCGUACUAUCCAGUUAUGUAGGAAAUAUAGAUUUGUUCAUUUAUAUAUACAUGGAUUCAUCCCAUAACAAUAAAAUAUGAACAAUGCUCAGAUGUUUUACUGUAGUACCUGUCAUUCCUGUGUAACAAAUUAUCUUAAAAGCAAUUUUCGAUUAGAUUGUGUAUUUUCAAAAAAACACGUUGCAUGAUGAAAUUUGCCAGCUGUAUUAAGAUUUUUCUGAUCCUCUCAAAAAUAAAAAUUGAUGUUUUGGAACAGUUCUUCAAUUAUCUUUAAAAACUAUUUUUUCUUACUUUCCACUGUUUUCUGAAUUUUUACUGUACCUUUUUAAACUAUUUCCAAACAGUAGGAGUUAUUGUUCUAAAGUCAUGCUUCUAAUAAUGUUAAAAUAGUAUUGUUUCUGAGAUUCAUCUCCAUGUUCUGAAGAGAAACCAUAUAAAAGCUGUUUGUAAAACUCAUCCUAUUAUUUGAGUGCCAAGUUAAGUGACACAAGUGUAUUGCUUCUGACUCACAGAUAACUGUAAUACAAUCAAACAAAGCAGGGUGUUUUUGUUGUUCAGAAAACAUUUGGCUCAGUGGUUUUGUUCCAUUUCAUAUCAGAAAUAUCACCACCAAUGAACACAAUAACAAUAAUAACAAAAAUAAUUUUGGUUACCAAUUUCCAAUUAGUGUUAAAAUUCAAGGAACCAACAAAAAGACUCUGUACUCUGAAGGCCAAGACAAUCUCCUGAACACUGGUUUCCUCAGCUCCUGCUAAUAUCAAGAAUUAGUUUACGGUUAGAUUAACUUAGGCUUUUAAAUAACAUUAAUGAUUUUAAAGCACUGGAUGAAUUCUCAUGUUUCAGGGGAUAUGAACAAGUCCAUUCCCUUAUAUUUAAACAAAACACAAUUUUGCCUUUUGCAGCUCUGCAAAGGUUAUUGUUAUUUACUAUGCAUCAAUAAAUAAACUUUCAAUUAUCUUGGUAAGCACAUCCAAAAAUAGCAUGAGAAUCAAAAGGCAAUGGUGUAUCCAGUAAUUGUUCCAAAUAGAUAAUUUUGAUAAAUAUGAUCUUUGCUUCAUUUCAAGUGAAAAAGAAAUCUUAUGAAAUUUAGUUUUGCUCGAGUUAAACUAUGCAAAAAUACCCUAUGAAAUGGACACUCUAUUUUAUUUAAACUGUAUACUACUGUCUUUUACAGUGAUUAUAACUUAUUAAAAUCAUUUUUGCCUUUCUUUUGUGAAUAAUACAUUUACAAGAAAACAUUAUUUAAGCGAAUACACAUGGGGGGUUCCCACCUCCCAUGUUUUUUAAAAAAAAUUAAGCAGUUUCAUUUGAGUUAAAAAGUAUAUUUCUUCAUAAUGUUUGUUAUGUAUGUUUAUUAACUUAUGCCAACAAUGGCUUAGCUCAGCGAACUGAAAGGAAGAAACAUCCUUUAACUUAUGUGUGCGUAUGUAUGUGUGUGUGUUGUGCUAAAUUCCAUUGCCUGUACUUCUUAAUUAUUUGUUGAGCCCUUUAAGACUUUUUUUCAUGUUUUUCUGUAUCAAACUAAUCACAUUUAUACUCACAGCAUAUGUGUUCUUAUUUUCUCUACUCUGUAUUUUAAUAGUAUUUUAAAGGAAAAAACCAUAAUAGAAAUUCCCUAGAAAUAAUUUACAGGACUAAUGAAUUUGUAGGUCUCUUAGACAGUUCUACAUUACAGUCACAUUAAUAUUCUCUCCUCUUUAUAAGGCUUGAAGUAAAUCCCAUGACACUAGAAGAAUUUAGAUACUGAUUACUUGCGAUUGGUUCCUGGUGAUUUGCUCUUAAUAAUUUCCAGUUGAAUUUAAUGAAAGUAUGAUUCCUGAAAUGCUGCUUCAUUAAAAUUGCAUCUUUUCCCCUUUAAGUGUGGUUUCGGUCAUUUCACUCAUUUUGCGAUGUGUUUUCCUCCCCCUUAAAAAGUAAUGAUUGAGAAAGCAGAAAUAAUUAAGAAUACCACUUUAAUUCUUCCUAGAACUCAUCCUCAGAGUUUCUCUGAGUGAAAUGAUGCAAGCUGCAUUUCAUCAGGAUUUUAUAAUACUAUUUUCCCAUUUGAUGAGAUUAUUUAAUAAUAUAUAAAGUUUUAAAACAUAAAUAUGAAUAUUGGGGGUAGUUGAGGGAAACUGAAGAAAGAAUCUGUUGCAUAUACAAGAGAACUGAGGUCUUUAGAAUUUUUAGUAAUAUAUAUAUAGGUUGAUUAAGUUACACUGUGCAGCAUUCAGACUUAAUUUAACUGAGUUGUGAUUUGCAAAUGAAUAUCUACAUGGAUCCUUUUUAAAAAUCAAAAUGCAAAUGAGUACAAUUGCAGUAAAAUAUAUUUGCAAAUGAAUCCUGUUGCUUUAUUCAUUUAUUGUGUAAUUACUGCAAUCCUUCCCACCUUGUUUUCAGUAUUUCUUAAUCAUUAAGUCGGAAGCAUGACAGCAGUGCCAGCCCUGGCAUGAUUCUCUUUGACUAAAACCUUGUAAAUUAACACAAUUAGCACAGCAUCAUCCUGCUAAUUAACUUCCAGUGUCUGGUGCAGUGGUUUUGCAAACAAGGAAGAGGGAGUCAGAAGGGAAUCAACAUGCCAUUCUGUUACCAAACUGUGUGUUAUGUUCAGUUUAUCGCAGUAAGUCAAAGCCGGCCAUGUCAGAAGCCAGAGUCAGGCAACGAACAGCCACAGAGCUUGGAGGAGGAGCACAGAAGGGGGUAGAAGCUGACAAAAUAGACUAGUAAUUCAGAAGGGGGUUGAUGCCACAGAUGCUUCAUGCAGACCAGGCCUCCUCCUUAUCAAGGCAUCUCUGCCAGAGGGCACAAGACAGUUUGCAAAAUUCACUUUGGGUAAUACAGAAAAGAUGAAGGAGGGCUGCUUAAUACAGCUGUACCAGAAUCGGAAGUGUUAAACCAAGCAGAGAUUAGACUGGGAUGAGACAGCAAUGGGAAAAAGGAGAACAGGGUACCAGUCCUCUUCUGUAACUAACUGUAUGUGAGACCUUGAGGGUACAUUGUAAAUCACUUUGGGCCCUGGCUUCCUAAUCUGUGAAAUAAGGUAAUUUCUAAAGUCUCUUUACAAUUUAAAAUUCAAAUUAUUCUGACUGCUUAGUAUUUUUUUUUCUUAAAUAAGAAAAUACUCAUUUUAUAGUUUGCUACAUAGUCCAUUUACUUCACUUAGUAACCCAGCAGAUGAUAGACUUACCCAGACCAUCUCAUUAUCUACUUGUACUCCUCUAGUAUAUGCCCUACGUGGUUUCCUAUAGAAAUUGAAAGAGUUAGAAUCCAGAAUCUCUCUCCAUUCUUAUCUUCCCUUUCCCCUCGGUUUCCUUUCUCUCUCUCUCUCUCUCUCUUUCUCUCUCUCUCAUAUAUUUUAUAUAUAUAUAUAAAGAUGUAUAAGAGAGGAUGUGUAUAAAUACACACCCACACCCACACACACACACACACAUAUUCUCCCCUUAGUACCUUGCAGGCUAUAGGGGGAGGAGGGAUUAUAAGAGAAGGAGGGAGAACGCUAGAAGACCGACAGACAAGUGAUGCUUGUUUUUUUUUUCAGAGCCUCAACAACAGAACUGAGAGGCAGAAAGGAGCCAGUUGUAAUUCAUACCGAGUUGUAGGCUUUGUGCGAUGAAAGCGAUGGAGCGCUGCCUGGGAGAUUGCUUUGCUGCACUCCACGAAGCAGAUUUGAAACUGUCGUGGACCACUUUAGAUGAGAGUUGGAUUAUGGAAUGACCUGCUAUGUCUGUGUCAUAUUGUUCUGCGCAGGGAGCAUUAUACUGUGCUAACUAGGUGUUCAGUACCAAAUAAGAGAGGCUUGAAGAUGCAGUGGACGCCAGAGCAUGCCCAGUGGCCAGAACAGCACUUUGACAUCACCUCAACCACUCGGUCUCCUGCCCACAAAGUUGAAGCCUACAGAGGUCAUUUGCAGCGCACCUAUCAGUACGCCUGGGCGAAUGAUGACAUAUCUGCUCUGACUGCAUCCAACCUACUAAAAAAAUAUGCAGAGAAGUAUUCCGGCAUUUUGGAAGGUCCCGUGGACCGACCCGUACUCAGCAACUAUUCAGACGCACCAUCAGGACUAGUGAACGGUCGGAAAAAUGAAAGUGAACCCUGGCAGCCUUCCUUGAAUUCAGAAGCAGUUUAUCCCAUGAACUGUGUUCCAGAUGUUAUCACUGCCGGCAAAGCUGGAGUCAGUUCAGCCCUCCCUCCAACAGAUGUCUCUGCGAGUAUAGGGAGCUCUCCUGGGGUAGCCAGCAACCUGACAGAACCUAGUUAUUCAAGUAGUACCUGUGGAAGCCACACUGUACCCAGUCUUCAUGCAGGGCUCCCAUCUCAGGAAUAUGCCCCAGGAUACAACGGAUCAUAUUUGCAUUCUACUUACAGUAGUCAGCCAGCACCUGCACUUCCUUCACCUCACCCGUCUCCUUUGCAUAGCUCUGGGCUCCUACAGCCCCCGCCACCACCUCCUCCGCCACCAGCCUUGGUCCCAGGCUACAAUGGGACUUCUAACCUCUCCAGUUACAGCUAUCCGUCUGCUAGCUAUCCUCCUCAGACUGCUGUGGGGUCUGGGUACAGCCCGGGGGGGGCACCGCCUCCACCUUCAGCUUACCUGCCUUCAGGAAUUCCUGCUCCCACCCCCCUACCCCCCACCACUGUUCCUGGCUACACCUACCAGGGCCAUGGUUUGACGCCUAUUGCACCAUCGGCUCUGACAAACAGUUCAGCAAGUUCUCUCAAAAGGAAAGCUUUCUAUAUGGCAGGGCAAGGAGAUAUGGACUCCAGUUAUGGAAAUUACAGCUAUGGCCAACAGAGAUCUACACAGAGUCCUAUGUACAGAAUGCCCGACAACAGCAUUUCAAACACAAAUCGGGGGAAUGGCUUUGACAGAAGUGCUGAAACAUCAUCCUUAGCAUUUAAGCCAACGAAGCAGCUAAUGUCCUCUGAACAGCAAAGGAAAUUCAGCAGCCAGUCCAGUAGGGCUCUGACCCCUCCUUCCUACAGUACUGCUAAAAAUUCAUUGGGAUCAAGAUCCAGUGAAUCCUUUGGGAAGUACACAUCGCCAGUAAUGAGUGAGCAUGGGGACGAGCACAGGCAGCUCCUCUCUCACCCAAUGCAAGGCCCUGGACUCCGUGCAGCUACCUCAUCCAACCACUCUGUGGACGAGCAACUGAAGAAUACUGACACGCACCUCAUCGACCUGGUAACCAAUGAGAUUAUCACCCAAGGACCUCCAGUGGACUGGAAUGACAUUGCUGGUCUCGACCUGGUGAAGGCUGUCAUUAAAGAGGAGGUUUUAUGGCCAGUGUUGAGAUCAGACGCAUUCAGUGGACUGACGGCCUUACCUCGGAGCAUCCUUUUAUUUGGACCUCGGGGGACAGGCAAAACAUUAUUGGGCAGAUGCAUCGCUAGUCAGCUGGGGGCCACAUUUUUCAAAAUUGCCGGUUCUGGACUAGUCGCCAAGUGGUUAGGAGAAGCAGAGAAAAUUAUCCAUGCCUCUUUUCUUGUGGCCAGGUGUCGCCAGCCCUCGGUGAUUUUUGUUAGUGACAUUGACAUGCUUCUCUCCUCUCAAGUGAAUGAGGAACACAGUCCAGUGAGUCGGAUGAGAACCGAAUUUCUGAUGCAACUGGACACUGUACUAAUUUCGGCUGAGGACCAAAUCGUAGUAAUUUGUGCCACCAGUAAACCAGAAGAAAUAGAUGAAUCCCUUCGGAGGUACUUCAUGAAACGACUUUUAAUCCCACUUCCUGACAGCACAGCGAGGCACCAGAUAAUAGUACAACUGCUCUCACAGCACAAUUACUGUCUCAAUGACAAGGAGUUUGCACUGCUUGUCCAGCGCACAGAAGGCUUUUCUGGACUAGACGUGGCUCAUUUGUGUCAGGAAGCAGUGGUGGGCCCCCUCCAUGCCAUGCCAGCCACAGACCUUUCAGCCAUUAUGCCCAGCCAGUUGAGGCCCGUUACAUAUCAAGACUUUGAAAAUGCUUUCUGCAAGAUUCAGCCUAGCAUAUCUCAAAAGGAGCUUGAUAUGUAUGUUGAAUGGAACAAAAUGUUUGGUUGCAGUCAGUGAUAAGUUCUUUAGGAAAAAAAAUGUAAUGAAUGUUGGCACACACACAUAAAACCUGCUACAUAGGGAAUAGAGCCCCUUUCCAGUAGUGUUUAAAUUGCAAAGGGUACUGGGGAAGAUGACGAUUAAGUUGCAUCUUUAGAGUCAGGGUAGAUUUGGAGGAAAAGUGCAUCAAAUGAGAGCUUCUGAUUUGAAAGCCCCAGAUGACAGAAAGUUAUAUGGAUGCUCAGUUCUGUUCAAGCUAGACAACACUCACCAAGGAGCAAGGUGCAAGUGUGUUGAUUUCAGAAGGACAUGAACCUCGUGUGUUGAUUCCAUUCUGCUGUUCUCGAGAUUUAGUUGCUGUCAAGUGCCUGGAGUGGUGCUUUAUUUUUUUGUUUGCCUCACAAUUACAUUGGUGGCAUGUGCUAAUAUAAAGAGCUUUAACUUCAAACAUUAUUGGACUAAAGAGAUGAACAGUUGUGUUAUGACAGAAAACCAGAUUUUUGCCAUUUUAAGAGCAACAGUAUUCCUCAAUCCUGUCUGUUCUGCAGUAUUAAGCUAAGAACAGGUAAAACAGGGUAACGGUAAUCUGGACCUUAAUUUCUGCAGUUCAUUUCUUUUAAUGUUCUUGUCUGCAAAAACUCAGGAAAGUGAUUGUGAUUUGUACAGUACCUCAAAGGAAUGUGUUGAAAGCACUAUGUACUGCUGAGAGUAAUAGGAUAGGCUUCAAUGUUACUUUAUAUUAAAAUGUAUGUUUACCUCAACGAUUGGAAAAUAGCAAGGAAAAUUACUUUGAAUGUAUCCAGAAAAAUACUGAAGUGUGAUACAACUGAAUAUUUACAGUUUAAAGUAGAAAUGGAAGGAUUUUUUUAAGUUCUUUUACUAAUUAUGGGGAAUUAACCAGAGCAGAAUAAUUCUUUAUGUCAAUAACUGCAAGAGUUCUUAGUACAUUGCUCCUUGAUAAUUAAGUGAAAAUGUUCUUAAAAGGUACACUGGUUAAUUGAAAGCUACUUACUCAGUUUGUGUUAGUGUCUAGACCUGUCAGCCACAAGACCUGUUUAGGACCCUGAAAGUCACAGUACCUAAAAACUAUGACUGCCUUUUUGUUGCAUAGGUGGUAGUGGUGGUGAUGGUGGUGGUAGUUUGCAAGUUCUCUCUUAAAACUGCUGGGAAUGGUGUCAUUCUAUUCACUAAUCUAGCUUAUAGACUUGCCGUGCUAUUUGAUAGAAUGCAGAGGAUAGCAACCAAAACAAACACACAAAUAAAUAGAAACAAAAACCAACCAACCAACUUACAUACAUACGUGUAUAUAUAUAUAUAUAUAUAUAUAUAUAUAUAUAUAUAUAUAUCCACAAAGAACCUCUCCAUCUCCUCCCCUUCUUUUUGACUCCACUCUUGUCAGUGCAAUUUUGCUUCUCAUUUUGAAAUCUGGGCUGUAGUGCUCCUGCUUUAUUUCUACCUCAGUUUUGUUGCAUUUCUCUUGGAAAGUAAAGUAGAAAAUUGGAAGUGGACACACACACUGCAAUGUAGCUUGCCAAACAUGUUCCUUUGUGUUCUUCCGUCUUUCUCCAUAAAUCUAGUUUACAAAAACAUCAGCAUUUAUGCUUACUUCCACUUCAGUCUACCAGCCCCACCCCCACCCAUGACAUAAGUGGCAUUUUUCUUAAUUUCCUGUUUCUCUCCUGCUCUCUGUCAAGUUGUUCUUUGUAUCCUUUAAUGCUUUAUGUCCAACCUUUCGUUGAUAGUGGGCUGAUGUUUGGCAAUGCUUCUGAACAGUCACAGUGCAGGCUGUAGCUUUCCACAGCCACUGCCCAUGCAUAAGCAGAACAGCCUGGCCUUUUGAAUGUAUUUUCCUGGGUUUUUUCCCCUUUUCUUUUUUUAGUUUAGAGAUGCAGUAACAAAACUGUUGCAAAGCACUGGCAUUUUAUGUAUUCAAUAAAUAAGUGAUGUACAUUUUUUUAAAAAUUUAAAUAAAUGCAAUGAGAAGCCCCAAGAAAGGUCUUUCUGUUUUGUUUUUGUUUUUGUUUUUCCUUAACAAAAGUUUUUACUGCUCUUAUCCACAAUGUCCUAUUCUCUGAAACACUUAACAUAGAGAAAGCUAAUGAGGGAUUUCUUGUUUCUGAAAUUUUAUGAUACUUGAUCUUUACUCCCCUUUUUUAUUUUUUAAGUUGCUAAAAACUGAGCAGUUGAACCAGAAUUUAAUUUACUAUGACAUUCUGUCAAUUAAAACUGUGCUUAAAUAUAAAUAUUCCGUAUUAAAAAGCAGUGCCUUUCAUUAAGGAUACAAAAAAUAAUACUUAAAUACGCCCUCUGCUUUUCACAAGUGAAUAAAUGCUACAAUCGUGUUCUGGGUCUACCCUGCACAUCCCUUGUAAGGAAAUUCUAAUAUCCACAUUAACUUGUAGGUUCAUAUUGAUCUCACUGACAAGUUUACUUUUGCACAGUGCUGACCUAUUUUCUGACUUUUAGACAUUGCAUUUCAUUUCCGCCAACAUGCUGUGUUCACUUGAAAGCGUCUGGCAAGUUUUGACAAACCCAGUCUUAUUUAGACAACUUUGGAAAAUCCAAUAUUGACCCACAUUUUUUGUGGCUACUAAGAUUUAAUACCAAAUAUGUGACUGCACUAUUGUGUUUUACACUCAUUUAUUAAACUGAAAAUAAAUUGAAGUCAUACAUCUUGGCUUUUAGCUUUAAAUGACUUAAAAAUUAGAGCUCUGAGUGACUUAAAAAUUAAUUUGAGAUACGAGUGGUCAAAAAUCCAUGUAUUUAGGCAGAAGCUGAAGUCAUAUGUGGUUUUCAUUUAGCCUCACGAAAUCCAAGAUUUGAUCUCUUAGGAAAUUGGGCAUGUUGAAGAAAUGAAGAUCUGCUGGAGGAGAUAUGGCUGACCUUUGAGUAGAUAGUGCUCUCCUGUGAUUCUUUGAUUCUGCAUGGAAGCAUUAUGAGCUCUUCUAUAAACUAGCUUAAUAAUGAGCUCUAUUCUGACCAUCCGUUCUGGGACUUGGAGUGGGGGUGGGGUACCACAUCCUUGGAAGUGAAUGUGUACAGUUGGUGAUAGUACAACUGAGUAUUCGGGCUUCAUACUCUUGGCCUCUUUUUGACUCCUAAGAAUUUGGAGAAGGCUAUUAAUGAAGGUAAGGUAAUGAGCCAGUCCAAAUCCCUCACUGUCUGGCUAAGAGAUUGAGCCAUUCCACUUUACAGACCGUAAUUCCCUUCUUUCCAACUGCAGUAACAUUUCCAACAGGGACAAAAAGGAAGUGAAGGAAACCGCUUCAGUAUUGGGAUCAAUAGAAAUUCAAGAGGUAGUUCAUAAUGACCUUAUAUGUGACACAAAUGGAAAUACUCUACACUUCUGGCAUGCUUCUCUCCCAAAUAUUUAGAACAUUAGUGACAAUAUGAAAAACUUUGCUGACUGAGCUGAUCAAUGGAAUGUGAAGGCAGUAUACUUUAAGGCUAUUUACUUUCACACGGAAUGUUUAUCUAUUAGUCAGUUUGUAUUCUACUCAAAUGCAGAUAGACGGGUAUAAUGUUUUCUUGUGCAUUUGAAACCUAUCAAGGAGAAAAUAAACCAUUCCACUAAAAUACAUAGGCCAAACACCAUCUGGGCAAGUGAUAAAAGCUAUCCAGAGGCUAUGCUAUGUAAAAUAGCAAGGUCAAUUUACAUGGGUUGCAUAGUACUUGGCUAUGCAGUUUUCAAAAGAACACAUCCAAAAAAAAAUCCAAAUUAGUUCCUAUAAUAGGUCUUUGUAAAUUUAAAUAUAUUUGUGGGUUGGAAAAUAUGUUUUUAGAGACAUUUAGAAUUUCUUUCUCUAAAAAUGUAUCCAACUCCAAGCAGAAAGAGACUUCUGUAAUCCCAUUCUCAUGUUUCUUAGCAAGAAUUGGGUAGCAUGAACAUUGAAUCUGUAUUUUGCAAAGUGAAAGGGACGCAGUUUGUUGAACUAUUGAGGCCACUAAAGUAAAGUUCUAAUAUAUAUAUAUAAAUAUAAAAUUAGUGUGUGUGUUUGUAUGUGUGUGUGUUCUUUCACCACCUAUUUGAACUUUAAAACAAAUGUCUACUUUUCAUUAUUCAGAAGCAACUUGUUACUUCCUUUCUUCAUAUAUGCAGAGAUAAACAUGAUCAUUUUACAAUUCAAAGUGUUUUAAUGUGUUUUUUUUCUUUUGAAACGUAAAGCCUUCAGUUGUUGAAUCACCUGCCGAUUUUUAUAUGAAGCACAUUAGCAAACCUGGAGCUAUUAGUAUUUCAGAAUUCACAACCAGCUGUACUUGCGACUAACCAACACAUGAACUGAAGCUCACACUCUGCUAAGACCUUUGGUUGACAUUCGAUUUUGAACCUGCCAGAUGCAUUUGUGUGAACCAGGGAUACUGCAUCUUUAAUGAACAAGUCUCUCCUCUUUCCCCUGUUUUUAAAUACAACACAAGCAGUGUAGCACUAGGCAUUGCAAUUGUCAAAGACAAUUAGACUGGAAGCAGGAAAAUUUCACCUCCCUGUCUCAGUGAUAUGUAGAAUGUCGGCAGCAUGGGUCAGCCUUGCCACAGAGUUGUGUGAGAAUAUAUGAAUCAGUCCUAUAGAAUGUUAAAUAUUUAUAAAAUGGUUCUGUAGUACACCAAGGUUGGGAGCACAUUCAUUCCUUCUUGUUGUCUUAUGAUACCAAAAAAAAAAAAAAAAAAAAAAAAAGCAAAAGUUUAUUUCCGGGCUUAAAACUCUCCCUCUGAUAUCUCUCUCUCUUUUACCCCCACUCCCCAACCAUUCUUCUCUCCAUCUCUCUCUUCUUCUCUUCCUCUCUCUCUUCUCUCUCCUCUCUCUCUCUCUCUGUCUGUCUGUCUCUCUCUAACUCUUGCUGUCUCUUGUAUGUGGGUGUGUGUGUGUAUGAGUUUCCACUGUGGAUUAUAUACAGUUGCUAGAGAAUAUUCAUUUCUUUUUUUUUCUUUUUUUCAUCUGACGUAUAUUCAAACAUUGUUCUUUAUAACCAUUUCUACCUCAUUGCUACAUAUUGUACAUGUAGUAUUUAUUUGUUGUCUUUUUUUGAAUGUCAUGCAUUUCGUAAGAAAAAGACUUGUCCUUGAACUUGAACAGUCUACCUCAGAAAGACUGUCUUUACACUGAACAGUAUUAGCAACCUAAAUGAUAAGACGCAUUAGUGAAGUGUGGCAGGGUAGAUAAUGCACGAGUACUUGGGAUACUGAUGGACUUUUAAUUGUACUCAUAACACAAGACUGCUUAAAAGAACUUAAAAGAAAUUAUGCACUGUGUAGGUCUUCAUCGAGGUCCCAUUUGGGACAUAAUAUACAGAAUAGAGCUUUAUUCCUAUGUGCCCAUCUCUGAG